AUGCAGGAAAAUGGAAAUGAGGAACUAAAAGAAACAAACAGGUGUUUACGGAAAGUGACGGUUAGUGAAGUUCUGAAGCAUGUAUGUGGCCCUUUCGAAGAUGCUCUCAAGAAUCAAAUGCCAGGGCCUGUUUUGAAUAAGGCUACCUCAGUUGAAUGUACCAGUCCUCUCCUUUCCAGAGCAAGUGGAGCAGCUGCAGCUGAAGAACUGAGCACAGAGCCCUGGUAUCAAGGAAAAAUGACCAGGAAAGAAGCAGAACAGCUCUUAAAGAAAAGUGGAGACUUUCUGGUUAGGAAAAGUACCUCCAAUCCAGGAUCCUAUGUACUCACUGGAUUACAGAAUGGACAAGCCAAACAUCUUCUGUUGGUAGAUCCUGAAGGAGUUAUUCGUACAAAGGAUCGUACCUUUGAUAGCAUUAGCCACCUGAUCAAGCAUCAUCUUGAGUACAAUUUACCCAUUGUCUCUUCUGGAACUGAACUCUGCCUCCAACAGCCUGCUGAAAAAAAGUGACUGGCCCCGUGGCUGGUGAGAUGUGCAACAAGCCACAAUCAGAAAUAAAAGUGUAGCUGUAGGUCCAUAGAAAAAGAACAUCAUCCGUUGAGGUUUCUGUAGGCUGAAGAAAUAUCAGUUCUGCAGGGUACUAGAAUAAUAUGUUUUUAGGACUUCGGAAUAGGGAAGCAUUUAAAAAAAAAACACUGCUUAAAAGGAUUUUCAGAAAAGUGUCUUUACUCAAAGUGUUCUCAUUCCUUAACAGGAACACUGUUUGUGUACAUAUACACAUGUCCCAUUCUAUGUAGACAUGGUAGAUAGUUAUAUUUUUGAAGUCAAUCUGCUGAAGACAACAACCAUUUUUCUACUCUUCAGUGGAGUUUUAACAGAAGAAAAGAUCUGAGUUGUGUGUGAUUGUGAAGUUAGAAUAUACGUGUCACAAGUCUUGUUUCCUUUAGAAAAUUAAAGCUAAAAAAAAGUAAGAAAUGUAAUAUAAUAAGCACAAUAGUAGAAAGCAAA